GGCAUCAAGUUUCCCGCCAAAAGUAAGGUGAAAGGUCACAGCGCAGGACCGAUCGCCGGCCUUUUCUCCAGCAAGAUGGCGGAGCAGGCACAGUUCGAGACUCUGUUGGCCAACUUAAUGAGUCAUGACAACGACGUCAGGAAGCAAUCCGAGACGAUGUACGAUGGCAUCCCGGUGACCAAUCGUGCUCAGUUUCUGCUCCAGGCCUCCAGGAAUGCCAACGCAGCGCCGGAGGUGCGUCAGAUGGGCGCGGUCCUGCUCCGCCGGCUCCUGACGAUGUCGUUUGAGGAGGCGUGGCCGACCUUCCCGCCCGAGCUGCAGGCCGCCAUCAAGACCCAGCUGCUGGCCGGGAUCCAGCAGGAGACCACGCCCAACGUCAGGCGCAAGAUCUGUGACGCAACAGCUGAGCUGGCCCGUAAUCUCAUGGGUGAUGAUGGUACGAACCACUGGCCAGAAGCGCUGAAGUUCCUGUUCGAGUGUGCGAGUUCCCAGGACCCCGGCCUGAAGGAGAGCGCUCUCAACAUCUUCUGUUCUAUCCCAGGAAUCUUUGGGAACCAGCAGGCCCACUACCUGGAGGUCAUCAAGCAGAUGCUGUACCAGUGUAUGACUGACCAGUCCAGUCCACAGGUGCGAAGGUUGGCUGCCAAAGCCACCGCUAAUUUCAUCCUUGAGAACGAGAAUGACGCCACGCUGCAGCGACAGUUAUCCGAUCUCCUUCCCGGGAUCCUACAGAGCCUGUCUGAGAGUGCUUCUACCCAAGAUGACGACUGUGUCCUGAAGAGUAUGAUUGACCUGGCAGAGAACACACCCAAAUAUCUACGUCUACAGCUGGACUCUGUGCUCAACAUCAACCUUCAGAUCUUGUCCAACUCUGAGCUGCCUGACCAAUGGAGACAUCUAGGGUUAGAGGUCAUCGUCACGCUGGCUGAGACGGCCCCGGCCAUGGUCCGCAAACGUACAAAACUCAUUCCUGUCCUGAUCCCUCAGGUCAUGGCCCUAAUGGUUGACCUUGAAGAAGAAGAAGACUGGGCCACUUCUGACGAGGCUGAAGAUGAAGAUAGUGACAGUAAUGCCAUCGCGGGUGAGACAGGGCUGGACAGACUGGCGUGUGGGUUGGGAGGGAAGACAGUCCUGCCCCUCGUGUCCGCUGCACUGCCACAGAUGCUGCAAAAUGCUGACUGGAGAUACCGCCAUGCCGCCCUGAUGGCCAUCUCAGCCAUCGGUGAAGGCUGUCACAACCAGAUGCAGGCCCACCUACCCAGUGUGGUGGAGGCCGUACUGCCCUUCCUACAGGACAUGCACCCCAGAGUCAGAUAUGCAGCCUGUAAUGCGCUGGGACAGAUGGCCACGGAUUUCGCUCCACUCUUCCAGAAGAAGUUCAUUGAUAAGGUUAUCCGAGGCCUGCUGAUCGUGUUGGAUGACUUCCAGCACCCCCGGGUUCAGGCCCAUGCCGGCGCAGCGCUCGUUAAUUUCAGCGAGGACUGUCCCAAGAGCCUGCUGCUGCCGUAUCUGGACCCCAUUCUGGCCAAGCUCGAACAUGUUCUGAGUGUGAAGAUUCAAGAGGUUGUAUCAGUCUCAUCGGGCUGGCUGUGGGGACACAGAAGUUCAUGCAGGAUGCGGCUGAUGUGAUGCAGAUGCUGCUGGCCACACAGACAGACUCCCAGGCCCAGGAGAUGGACGAUGAUGAUCCUCAGAUGUCGUUUAUGAUCUCAGCCUGGGCGAGGAUGUGUAAGCUGCUAGGGAAACAGUUCCAGCAGUACCUGCCUGUGGUCAUGGGCCCACUGCUCAAGGCUGCUGCUAUCAAACCGGAGGUCGCACUCUUAGAUGAGGAUGACAUGAAACAAGUUAGUGAAGACGAUGGCUGGCAGUUUGUGUCCCUGAGUGAUCAGCAAAGUUUUGGCAUCAGGACAACAGGUUUGGAGGAGAAGAGUACAGCGUGUCAGAUGUUGGUUUGUUACGCUCGAGAGUUGAAGGAGGCAUUCGCAGACUACACAGAACAGGUGGUGAAGCUCAUGGUGCCGCUGCUCAAGUUUUACUUUCAUGAUGUUGUGAGAUUGUCGGCUGCAGAGAUCAUGCCGUGCCUGAUCGAGUGUGCGACGACCAAGGGCGAGGUGUACAUGCGGGAGAUGUGGAACUUCAUGUGCCCCGAGAUCAUCGCUGCCAUGGGAACAGAGCCGGAGAGCGACGUCCUGUCACAACUCAUGGAGUCUUUCGCUAAAUGUGUUGAGUUGCUGGGGAAGGGCUGCCUGAGUAAUAAUGAACACCUGUCCAGUCUGGGGAAGACCAUCAACGACCAUCUGGAGGCACACUUCCACAAGCAGGACGAGAGGCAAGAAAGGAGAAAAGAUGAAGAUGAUGAGGUGGUAGAAGAAAGCUUACAGGAACAGAAUGAGGAUGACAUCUACAUGUUGAGUAAGGUGUCGGACAUCAUCCACUCCCUGCUGGGGACACACAGGGAGGAGAUGCUGCCGUUCUUUGAACAGCUGAUGCCGCACUUUAUCAAACUGUUGACGAAUGAGAGACCCUGGUCAGACAGACAGUGGGGCUUGUGUAUCUGGGAUGACGUGGUGGAGUACUGUGGACCGGUGUCCUUCAAGUACCAGCAGCACUUCCUGCAGCCAAUGGUGGCGGCCAUCACCGACAAGAACGCCGAGGUUCGACAGGCCGCAGCGUACGGCUGUGGUGUCAUGGCGCAGUUUGGAGGAGAAAACUAUAAACAGGCCUUGCAAGAGGCACUUCCCAGACUAACCCAGGUGAUCUCGGAUCCCCAGUCCCGGGAGGUGGAGAACCUGCCCCCCACGGAGAACGCCAUCUCCGCGGUGACCAAGAUGAUGAAGUACCAGCCGGCCAGCGUGGACGUGGACGCCAUCCUGCCCCACUGGUUGUCAUGGUUACCAGUCAAGGAGGACAAGGAGGAAUGUGUCCACAUCUACAACUUCCUCUGUGAUCUGGUAGAAAACAACAACGUGAUAGUGCUGGGCCCCAACAACAGUAACCUGCCCAGUGUGCUGGGGAUCAUAGCAGACGGGAUAGCAGCAGAGGCGCACAGCCAGGAUCAGGGCCUGACAGAGAGACUCAAGACUAUCAUCAGACAGAUGCAGGGUCUGGGUGACCUGUGGACGACCUGUGUUGGCCAGCUGACCCCCGAUCAGCAGCAAGCACUCAUCAAGUUCAUGGAGGUGCCGCAGACAUGAGGACAUAAACAGCUGUCCACUGAUAAACAAUACAAACCCUAUGGCUAAAGAAACAAGUUUCCCUAAACAAAGCAUCUUCUGUAUAAUUUGGCCUGGUCUUCAGUAUAGAAGAUUUCUUUUGAUGCUCAAUUUGCCUUGUUUUUGUGAGGUGAGAAAAUGUUUUUACACUACAUGUGUAUGCUAUCUUGUUGCAAGCAUCUUGUUGAUUCCAAUAUUGUUACUUUCUUUAAGUUACAAGACUUUGAGAAAAAUGUUCCAAAAGACAUUACAAAGAGGUCAAAUGUGUUGAUCAGUGAAUUUUUCUUGUAAUAUUUUGUGAGCUGGAUAGUUUGGCAUUUUAACCUUGGCACAGUACGUGUGCAGUUAUUGUUUUGUUUUUUCUCAUAGGUGAAAUUAAGUUGACAAAUGUGACUGCUGCAUAAAAAUUACAAUACAAAUCUAUGCUUGACACAGAUUAUGAUAAGAAUUCCACAGUAAUAUAAUGUGAUCUAGUCCAUGUAAAUGAGUGGUACGGAGGUUCGUACCCACGUAGAUAAAGUUUGUACUACUUGUACAUUAAUCAAACAAGCUUUGUCCAUAGAUUCCUUACCGUGAUGAAGAAACAAGGUGACUGUGAUUAAAGUGGUGAGAAGUUCCACUAAAGAUGGUUCUUACAGUGAGGUGCAUGGUUAAGAGUUGAGGGGCUGAUGAAUUACUGUAUCCUGUAAUAUUAACCUCUGAAAAAUAACCAGCUAUAUACUAGCUAUUUGCAUGAAAAUCUAAAGCAAAGUUGUAUGAUACAUAUAUGAUGUAUUAACAUUUAAGGCCUGUGUCUCAUUGAAAAUUAAUACAUCUUGUUUACCUUAUAAUGGACAGUGUGAAUAGGAGUAUGUCAAUUUCUCUUUGAGGAAAUUCUUCAAACAUUGUUGAUAAAAACUUAUAAUGUGUAAAAAAAUCAUUGUUGUGGUGAGGCUAAGUACUAGUAGUCAUCCCCUUAUUAGUCACUUCACUGUUUGAACAGUGUGCAUGCAUGGUGGGUUGCAUUUUGGGUAAAGGUGAAGACCCCUAAGCCAUAAACAAAACAUGUCUGGACAUGUACCAAGCAUGUUCUAGACAAGAACUGUUUGCAAGUUAUGGGCCUUGGCCUUUGACAUUACAUUGGCAGUUCAAUCCCUGAUUAGGCUUAUUGCAGCUUAUAAGACAGUUGUUGGUCCUUAGCUAUGUUUCAGCACCUUUGUGGUUGUUGUGAGGUCCUGUCAUUGCCAUUCCAUUUGUGGUCAAGUGUCUUCUUUUUUUUCUUCUUAUGUGUAUGCAACAAAUUAAUAUGCUUUAGUUUCUUUGCUGUAGUAGCACAUGCAGAGACAUUGAAAAAGCAGUUGAACAGUGUGUCAGGAAGGCAAAUGCAAGUGUUACCUUCAAAAUUUUGUGGCUUUCGUAACAGACCGCAGACAUGGUACAAGUACAUGUACUUAAUAUAUCAGUGAACGCAAGCAGGACAAAAUCGAUCAAUUGCCCAAAAACAUACCUUUUUGCUUGCUUGUGUGAAGAAAAAUGUUCCAGUGCUAUCUUAAUGAAAAUAUGUGGACAUGCUUAUCGACAAGAAAACUUUGAAAUGCUGCACAGAGGGCUGAAUUAAGCCAUUAAGAACUUUAACAUGUAGAUUACCAUAUUACUUUUUGGUACUGAUGAUUUGUCCCCUGCUGUUGGAAUUUUCUUGCUCAGUGAUGGUGUUGAUAGUUUCAGUUUGCUGCCAUGACCAGAUUUGUAAAGCCAAUGCUACCUCUAUUCUCCAUGCGACAGAGCUGUGUCGCAGCCCUGCAAACUGUGAUUUUCCUCUUGCUUCCAUGGUUUGUACAUGCAAGAAACUACAUUAAAGAAAGUGCAAAACCCA